CGAGGGACUUUCGUAAUUUUCCAACACGAUAUUUUUUCUUCCUCCCAGUUUAUAUUUCAAGAAUCUGCAACCAUGACUGCUUUAUUGAGGGUAUUUUCAAGAGAAGUAUAUCGCGCAUCUUGUAGAAGAGAUGGUCAACUUCCUUUUGCAUGUGUGGUUGGCAAAGUCUUGACACCUCGUGGUUUUGCUACAGACGCGAAGGUAGGCUCAAUGAAGUUUAAAGCAUCAAAAAAAGUAAAAAAUAGGAGCAGCGCAUCUCGCGGCUGGUAACUUAUAUCUUAAAUUUAAACGGCAUUGUGUAGGAUCAGGACUUGGUCCCAUUCGAAGAGACUGAGUCAACUGAAGGCAUUUUCGCCUAUCUUUCCUAUGCGCGCGAUUUUUCAAUUUAUUCGUGAGAACAAUUUCAAAAAAUUGUGGAGCUUUAGAUUAGCCAACCUUAGUGCUCCUAACUGUAGAAACAUGCCAUUAAGUUUGUUUUGAAGGCGACUUCUGGUCAUCUUUUUUAGCGGCGUGACCUGACGUGACGUUUGUUGUGUCACGCAUGCAAAGUUAGGUUUUAUGCAAAAUGACCUUACCCUGAGAAAACAGCCGGUAUUUUGCGAUGCCACUGCUGGCUUCCGCGCGAAAUGAAGUCCAAGAACAAACACAGAAAUUAUAAUUUCUCUUGAUGACAUGUCACUACCUAUAAUCGAACAGGAUAGUGCUUCAAAUUGGUUGAAAAUUUGGCCAGUCAGAGACACCACCCAGAUCUGAGUGGUGAUGGAUCAUCCGCAUGGAAUUUCUCUGCUCUCUUCUUUACAUUGUUGCUUUUUCUUAUCAGGACAAUCUGAAAAAGACACCAUUAUAUGAUUUCCACUUAGAGCUGGGAGGCAAGAUGGUUCCUUUCUGUGGCUGGUCUAUGCCUGUGCAAUAUAAAGAUGGUGUGUUAUCUUCCCAUCUGCACACUCGACAACAAGCAUCUCUUUUUGAUGUUUCACACAUGUUGCAAUUCAAGGUGCAUGGAGAUGACAGGAUUAAAUUUUUAGAAAGCUUAGUGGUGGCUGAUAUUCAAGGACUUGCAGAAAACACAGGAACACUGUCUCUGUUUACUACAGAAAGUGGUGGAAUUAUUGAUGACUUAAUAAUUAACAAGACACCAGAGUAUUUAUAUGUUGUGUCUAAUGCAGGAUGUGCUGAUAAAGAUCUUAAACAUAUGCAGGUACGGGAUGAUUUUCUAUAUAAUUAAGACUGUGGCGCACACAAGCAGAGACAUCAAACUCUCUCUCUGUCUUUUGCAUACCAUUCCCUGGAUAUCAUCUGACCAUCUGGCUUUGUCAGUGCUGCAUCUACAUGUAGUUUAAGUGAAAUUCUGAUGCCCCCAGGCAAAUGAGUGGAGAACCUCUUAGGGGACCCUCUAUGAUUUUUUUCUUGGAGGGGGGGGGGGGGGGGGUAAAGGAAGGGUUCGGGGUUUUGUGCUUCUUGGACUUGGAAUGGAGCUCUGAGCAAGCUCUCAGGGCUACCCACCCCUGUGUAUGUUACAGAUCAAAAUCACAUUCAGGUAAUAAUCAUCAUCAUCAUCAUCUAGCUACAAUGAUUAAUGAUUUAAUAAUUAAUGAUAAUAAUUAAUAACUAAUGAUCAAUAAAUAAUUAAUACACAUAGUAAAAUGUUGAUAAGUUAUAUAUAAAUCUAUAAUAAAUAUUAAUUAAUAAAUAAUUAAAAAUUUAAUAAUUAAUAAUAAUUAUUAUAAUAAUUUAGGUAGAUAAGAAUUUUUUAACCUAGGUUGAUUCUCAAUUUCCUUUGUCUCCUACCCCAAGAGGUUGGGGAGCUCCAGGAGAAGUGGAGAUGGAUGUAACAGGCUACCCAACUUCAAAAAAAGUCCUCAUAGGGUACAUGUACAUGUGCAUACAAUUGAGCAAUUUCCCAUAAUAGUACCCCAAUCUAGACUAAAACCCUUCAGUAGUAUGUACAAUGUACCCCUUGCAGUUACACAUUCCCACAGGGUUUUUGAGAGUACCACCCAACACCAAGACCACUCUCAGUGUUUGGAUUUGAAGACCUCUUCAAAGUUGCACCGUAAUGGACUUUACAUAAUCUGUUUUAUCUUAUCAUUGUGAUUGUUAGGAGCGACUGGAUGCCGUCAGUGGAGAAUUAGAUGUUGCAUUGGAAAUUAUUGAGGAUAAAGCUCUUAUAGCUCUACAAGGUAGAGAAAGUUUAACUUCAAAUAUUCAAGUGUGGUAGUAAGGGAGAACAAAUAAUGUACACAAUUUCACAUUUUAUUAAGUAAUUUAAUUGGAUGCAUUUCCCAGUCUUAACACCAUUUAAUGUCAAGAUACAUACACUGUACACACACUCUUGAAGCAGAAAGUUGAUGUCUGAUUAAUAAAUGACGGUCAUGUAAGUUUUAGCAUGGUCAAUGUAACAGGGAUUUUGUUGCCUCAAAUUGCCCUGAAAUUGCCUCUGGUAGGCGCAUGCAAAUUUUGAUCCCUCCUUCUUUGCAUCAAAAAUUGUGCACAGAUUCAUGGCUGUCUAAACAGGCCUUUAAAGCGGUCUAACAAACUUGAAAACAAAGACUAAUAGAGUAGUAGCAUCAGAAUCAACCCAACUUUACCAUGAAUUGGUUUCCAGGUCCCAAAGCUGUCGCCAUUCUUCAGAGUGGUGUUACAGGAGAUCUUAGUAAAAUGUUUUUCAUGCACACUGGUGUAAUGGAUGUCUUUGGAAUCAAGGAUGUGCGAGUUACACGUUGUGGUUACACUGGGGAAGAUGGCUUUGAGGUAAAUUAAUAUGUUCCUGUUCAUGUACCUACAAUAUCAUUAUAAUAAUUAUCAAAUGUAAAUUAUUAUUAUUAUUAUUAUUAUUAUUAUUAUUUCUUCUUAUUACUUUUUUAAAUAACUGUUGAACCUCCUGUAAUCGGCCACCCAAGUGAGAUGAUUUAAUUUAGUGGUCAAUUUUGGGAGGUGGUUACUUACAAGAAUUAAACAACAGGAGUCUCUUUCGAGUAUAGGUCCUAAGACAUCUACUUCGUGGUAAAGAAAAUAAUAGAAUUUAUUAGCAACUUCUAAGUAACAAUUUGGGUAGUACCCAGACCCUCAUAUCCCAACGUUUGACAUAAUAACACUCAGUCACCAUGCCCUCACUCAACGUCGCCACAAGUGCUAGGCAUGUUUAUACUCCCACAGAAGAUUUCUUCAUAACCAUCUAGUGUUAAUCAAAUUUGGGAGACAUUUGGGAUAUCCAGUAAUUAAAGUGAUGUCAAUAAUACAGGCUAUCACCACAAAAAGGAAAGCAACUGAGAAGCCCCCAGGACGAGGUUGCGUUAGCUCAGUCAGUUGUUUUGGGAGAGCUGGAGAAAAUGGUGUAAAAUUUCCCACAUUAAUUUUACAAAGAAGAAAUAGGAGAACUUCAAAACAAUAUGUACUAGUCAAGACUGAAUUUGCUGAGAAACAGACAAAUGAAAACGGGAACCUUUCAUGGAUUGGAGUGUUCAUGUUUUAAAGUAUGAAUAAAUUAUUUGAAUGAAUAAUAAAACAAUUAUGAAUCUGAAAAAUUAUAUACAGAUCGACCCGGAGGGGGUUAAUAGACUUUUCCAUCAGUUUUGUUUUCCCAUUUUAGACUUUGUGGGGUCUCUAAGGAAUUUUCCCUUUGUCAUUUACUAACAUGCAAAAUAUUAUGCAUUCAUAAAACCAGGAACAGGGUGAAAUUCUAAACAGAAACUUUCCAAGAGAGUAACAUUUUUUGGUUUGGAAAGGAGAAACAAACAUUCAAUUCAAGGUGAAAGUAGACUGCUCCACAGCCAUUCUUUGUGUCGUCACACAAUGCUCCUCCCCAUAAGAGGAAAAAGAGUGUUGUGUGACAACGCAAAGAACAGCUGUGAGCAGUCUAAGGUGAAAGGCUCUAAUAAGAAUGUGGUGUUGUUUUCAUGAACAGCUUUCAGUGGACCAGCACAGAGCUGUUGAUUUGGCAAAAGCAUUCCUAGAAAGUAAAGAGGCUGAAGUAAAACCAGCGGGACUGGGGCCAAGAGACAGUCUGCGACUUGAGGCUGGGCUUUGUCUCUAUGGUAACGACAUUGAUGAAAACACCACCCCUGUUGAGGCAGUGCUUGUGUGGACGAUAGGUAUGCAAUGAAGCCUGUAAGGACAAGCCUAUAGAUAAUGGCAAUAGAACUAAUCAAGUGAAGUCCAAUUAGGUCUGUAAUCAUGUGAGUGAUUUACAAACGAUUUGUUUAAUCACGGGUAUGAUAAAUUACAGACCAAAUUGGUCAACAUGAACUUCUGUUACCAACUGAUCACAACUUAACUAAAAUUUGUGGUCAUUUAAGCCUUCGUUCCUUGUAACACACAAAAUCAUCAAAGGGUUUUAGUUUCCUGUUACAGUACUCAGGCAAAACUCCUACUGUCCUGUUAUCACUGUUGUAUUAAAUUCAGAGCUGGGCCGCUGAUAGCCAAUCAGAUUAGAGAAGUUUGCUUUAGUUAUGAUUAAGGGAAAGAAAUAAACGAAAGUCAUUCGUUCUGUUGUUGUUGUUGAUUGAUUAAUGGUUUUGGUAUUAUUUAUUAUUUAUUUAUUUAUAAUUUAUUUAAUUAUUUACUAUUUAUUUAUUAUCAUUUAUUUAUUUAUUAUCAUUUAUUUUUAUUUUUUUACUUCAAGGGAAAAGACGCCGCGCCCAAGCUGAUUUUCCAGGAGCAGAAAUUAUCCUCAGACAGAUUAAAGAGAAAGCUAAAAGGAAAAGAGUUGGAUUGGUAUCAAAGGGACCUCCAGCUCGAGGUAAAGAGGGCGUAUCGUGACGCUUGGCAUCUACCACCCUAAAAAGGAGCCUGUUCGGUGUGCAUGAGUCCUUUGCUGUGUUUUACCGAUCAUAGGUUCGAAUCGUGUGAAGGACUCAAUAUUAAAUUAAUUUUUUUUUUUUUUUGUCUCGCGCUAUUGACAUGACGACUUAGUUGUUUCAAAACAGAGAAACUUAAGUGCAGCGUCAGUUAGAGACAGGAGUAAUCAACAAGAAUUUGGUUAAUAAACUCAGUUAGUAAACUCGAUAUUCCGCCCCACAGCGAUUCAAAAGCUUAUUUUUUAAGUGCUAAACCUUCGUCAGGAGUGAAUCUUGGCAAAAGAUUGAUCACGCUCUCGUACUGAAGUUAUCGACUGUGGUGACAAAACCUUUUCUUACAAUCAAGUAUUAUGUUUCUUUGAAGGUGGCGCGCCCAUUCUGGAUCAAGGUGGCAAUAAAGUUGGUAAGUCUUUCAGACUAGCGAUAUGUAUGAGUUUGUUCGGUGUGUUAGUUACUUUGUUACAUAUUACAGAUAACAAGGCUUGGUUGCUGGUGACGCGUUAUCAGUGUGGAAUUCCUGCACUCGGUCCUCAGGCGUUGUUUCGCGGGGAAACCGGUGGUAGCGUCCCAAAAUGUCGGCUCGUGGUUCCUCAGGCAGGGUUCGCAAAUACGCCAAAUUUGGCGUAUUUUACGCCAAAAUUGUUCAGAUGACUCCACAGAGGUUACGGAGGGAGUCACUUUGACUUCAGAAAUUUUCGGUUACAAACAGGGAGCCACUUCGACUCCAGAAAUUUUCGGUAACACACACAGUUUUGUCCCUACCUUUUUCGCAACAAAUGCAAUUUACGUUAAUUGUAAACGUUGCAAACCUUAAAGAAUGAUACUGCACGACAAAACAGGAAGAGGGUAAAUUACGAUCAAAGUUUACUCGAGAACCGCCAUCAUGGAUUUGAGCUUUCUAGGUCAGUGGACCCCCACAGCUACACCGUUUAUCCAUCACGAUAGUUAUUCAUGCCAGGACCACGUGCUGUAAAGUCUGAAAAUGGCUUUUUUCGUUGUGAUACUUGGCUCCAAAUUUUCCAAAAUGACUCCAAAAUUUGUGAAGCGGAAGUCACAGUGACUCCACUCAUCAAUAAAAUUUGCAAUCCCUGCUCAGGCUACCCAGUAAAAUGAAAGCUUCCCCGUUCCAGGGUUCGCACGCACCUUGAAAGUCCUUGAAAUUGCAGUCGCUGCUGGGAAGUCCUUGAAUUUCAAUGUAUCCUAGUUCAAGUAGAACUCCAAAGGAAAAAAAGCAAACACAGAAAGACCUUCGCGAUAAAAUUACUCAUGUUGUGGAGGAACUAAAAAAGACAGACUCGAGGCUCUUUUUUGCCCUGAAUGGAGUCCUUGAUAAAUGGGAAAUAUGUACUUUAAAGUCCUUGAAUUUUAUGUUCAAAAAAAGGGUACCAACCCUGCCGUUCUUUACUUUCUUUAUUUCAAGGUCAAGUGACAAGCGGAGGUCCAUCACCAAGCCUCAAACAGAACAUUGCGAUGGCGUAUGUGCCAACGGAAUUCUCCAAACCAGGAACAAGUCUUCAGUUGGAAGUGUACAAGAAGAAGAUCGAUGCUCAAGUCGUAAAGAUGCCUUUCCUUCCGACAAACUAUUUCUUUGGCAAAUGAAGAAUUUCAAAACGGUUUUAGAAACUAUUGAUGGUUAGGAGUGAUGAAUAUUUUAAUGCAGAUCCCAAAUUCACAAAUGAAAACCGAUUUCCAUGGACCGCUUUUAAACGCAGAUCCAACGCAUUCGUUAGCCUGCAAACGUAUUUCCGGUCAUCGCUUCUUUUUUAAGCUUUGGUCCAAUUUUGCUGGAAGCACUUGUUGAUCAUUUGAACACUUUUCUAGCUAAUGCUAAAUGUUGCUCGGUUCAAUAUGAUUAACCAACAUCAUUCAGCAUUAAUGUGUGGCUUCCAAAGAUACUUUGAUCUUUCAACAAAAAAUUAUCUGAUCAACUAGUUCUUAAAAAAUGUAGCGGUGAUCAAUGUGGAGAAUUUGUAUGCGGAUAAUGGGGCUUAAAAGGUUAUGAAUGGGAAGUGUUUGUCGAUUUUUCAUACAUGUAUCACUGACGUUUGAAGAGAAAAUAUUGAAUUAAUAUCGAAACCAUGAUAAAAUACCGACGAUAAUUACAUGCUAUACGAGUACUACGGCAAAUUAAACUCUAUUUAUUUUAUAUCGUUUGUCAUUAGCGGGUAACCUGUGCGCGCUUAAUUACCCAGAAGGAGUCGCGUGUACUGCACUGUUAGGUGGUGCUUUGAACUACGCGGCAGGCUUUUAAGAGGGGAGGGGAAGGAAGAAGUAAGGCGAAGGCGCACGUUAAAGCGAUGGGUACAACUUGCUCU